CCGCCCCGGAGUAGGCGGAGCGCGUCAGCCGCAGGGAGAGGCCCGGCAAGCCCCGCUCCUCGCCGCUUCCUUUCGCCGGCGCUUUCUUGUCAGCGCCGCCUCUUUCCCCUGCCAAGUGGAAGUAGACGCGGGGGCGGGGGCAAAGGCAAAGCCGCAGUCGCACCGGGUCGCUGGAGGAGAAGGAAGGGCGAAGAGACAGAAAGUGCAAUGGCGGCCUUCGGUGGCGGCGGCGGCGGCGGCAGCCGUCGAGCGGAUAAUGGCUACGGGGUCAGUGGGCAGCAGCAGCAGGCGGGCUCCCGGCGACGGAAAGGUCCUGGAGCCUUGGCCACGGCCUACCUGGUCAUUUACAACGUGGUCAUGACAGCCGGGUGGCUUGUUAUAGCAGUUGGUUUAGUCAGAUCAUACCUCACCAAGGGUAGCUACCACAAUCUUUAUUAUUCAAUAGAAAAACCUUUGAAGUUCUUCCAAACUGGAGCUUUGGUUGAGAUUCUGCAUUGCGCAAUAGGAAUUGUUCCCUCUUCUGUUGUGCUAACUACUUUCCAGGUGAUGUCAAGAGUUUUUCUGACAUGGGCUGUAACACAUAGUGUAAAAGAGGUACAAAAUGAAGACUGCAUCCUCCUUUUUGUUGUUGCCUGGACAAUCACAGAGAUCGUCCGUUAUUCCUUUUAUACUUUCAACUUAUUGAACCACCUUCCUUACUUCAUCAAAUGGGCCAGGUACACGUUGUUCUUCGUACUGUAUCCAAUGGGAGUUUUAGGAGAAUUGCUCACAAUAUAUGCUGCUCUGCCCUAUGUCAGACGGUCCGACUUGUUUUCAAUUAGUUUACCUAACAAAUACAAUUUCUCCUUUGACUACUAUACAUUCCUGAUCUUGACUAUGCUAUCUUAUAUUCCACUCUUCCCUCAGCUGUAUUUUCAUAUGAUACAUCAGAGAAGAAAAGUACUUUCCCUUCCUGAAGAACACAAGAAAUCCGAGUAAUCACAGCUUUUGUUCACAGCUGUGCAUAUAGAUACACAUGUUUCAAAUGUUUAUAAAUAAUACAGAGUAUUAAAAUGAGUUUUCAAAACAAAAAAGUUUGAUAACCUACUAAGGAUAUUUUUCCACACUGAUAUUUAUUUUAAUUUUUAAAACAUUGCUCUGUGAAACUGCAUUUUUGGCAUGUAUCUUACCAAAUCAGUGAAACACUUAUUCUUUUAUUUUACCUUUUAAUUUAUUUAUUAAAAACUUGCAUUAUAAUGUCCUUAUAUUGAUGGUAUGAGUGAUAACAAUAAUUGUGGUGCCUGAAUUAGGAUUCCUUUAAAAAAAAUUGCAUGCUACUUACGUGUAUUGUUGUAAAUAGAAUGCUUUUGACAGUUUUCUAGAACUGCCAUGGGCAGACUAAUGAAGUCCCACAAAAGACUUUUCUGACUCUAGGUCUGGAUGAGGUGAUAAUCCUAGCAAUUCAGGGCACAAACUUAGAGAGAGAGAGCUGCAUUACAAUGAUUGCAGCAGUAACUCAUUGUAAUUGCACAACUGAUGUUUUCCCCUCCAGAGUGGGGCCUUAAAAAUAGUGCAGUGUUGCACAAGAGCAUGUGUUCUAUAUGUGCAACUUAAUCUUAUUACCUCAAGCUGGGAUGUUUUCCUGCUGUUCUUGAAUGCUCUUUUUACUUGUUUUCUUGAAAAUGAAGGCCCAGUUUUAUUGAAAUACUCAAAAUAUAACUAAUUUGUAAUUGACCUGGAUGCUACUUGAGAACUGUUUAUGGCUUUGAAUUAGCUGUCCAAAUACAUCAAGUAGCAUUUGGCAAGCAUAAGCAGAUAUAUUUUCAGCAUCUUGACAAGUUAUCUAAAAAGCCUUUUCUUAAAAUGAGCUUGUUUUUAAAGUUUUAAAUGUUUUCAAAAGCAUCAUUAAUUUUGUGUCCGAAAAGUGAUAUUAAUGCUAGUAAAUUCAGCUUACUUCAAAGCUUAUUUAGAGAAUGGCUUUUUUAUAAUGGAACCAGAUGAACAUUUUUUAUUAAAUAACUUGGACACUCUGGGACAAAAUGCAGCUUGUUCUUUAUGCACUUCUUGUUUCCUAGUUAUACUGGAAAAACAUUAAAAAUUUCACCAGUUCUUAAAAUUACCUAGGAUUCCUUCUCUUUAAAGAUAGCUAAACUUUAACCUUUAGCUCAGCUGGUACCAAAAGAAAAUAAAUGAUUCAUCAUUUUAUUGUUGUGUCUUUGGGAUCCUAUGAAGAAUAUCAGUGCACCAAAGUUGUUCAUGCUUCCUGCAGAGUGAAUCAUAGAAACUGUUAUGGUCUAACUUAGAUAUUCACUAUUUAACUUUAUUCCUAUCCUAUAACUAAGAGUGGUAUCCAGGAUUUUUCACAUUCAUUCAAUAAGUCCAAUUCAUUUCACAUCACACUAUCACAUGCUUUUGUUCUGCUGCGUUUAGAAAGACAGAAAAAGAGAAUUGACUCAUUUCACUACUUUGGCAUUCCUAUUAAUCAUCUUGAGUUAAGAUGCACUCCUCUUGCAGUCAGCUCUGUUAUUUCCUUCCAUUCUGAUAUCCACUGCCAUUGUGUUGUUAAAAGAGGUUUCUCAUGAGCCAGCUCAGCCCACCGGUUCCAUCGACCAACACGUAGCUUGGAUCCUGCAAUUGCCCAUAGCAGUUUGAAACCCGUGGGUGCUGCCUGGCUUUU